AAAAUAAACCUAUAACAACAAACUGGAGGCGGUUUAUCGGUUCACCUUGUGAAUAAAAGGUUGAUGGAUCCAGCUCAGCCUGGCCAAAGCUGCUCGUUCCUGAUGCAAUCCACAGGAUCACCAAGGCUUAGCCCAUCUUCAGUUCCCAUCCUGCCCCCUCCGGCUUCAGUCUGCCCCACCACAAAGACACUAAACCCUCCAGCACUCAGCACUGUCAAGACAUCAGAUACAUCCCUGCAAGAACGUAGAAGCCCAACGUCCACCUCUUUAACGUCCAGCUCUGUUAGCAUCAGCCGACCCAGGCCUACUGCCAAAUCUGGGGUCAAAUCCCCCAGAACCGUAGACCCUCCUGCCAUUUUACCCAUUAUCCCAGUGACAAGCUCUACAUCUCAUUCCCCUACUGAGGCACUACAAGGACGCCGCAGCCCACAGAGCUCGCAAAAUUCUCAACUUAACCCCAAGGAUGCUCAGCUCAGUCCAAAUGCCCCUGUUGGUCCAAAUCACGCCCAGCUUAGCUCCAGUGCCAAGACCAACUCGUUAACCUUCCCUAGUCUUCCUGCACAGCCUGGUCGGAGUGCAAAUACACAGUCAAGUCUUCUCCCUAAACCAAACAUUAGCACUCAGUCCAUCCCUAUUCCACAACCCAAUCUCCAGAGCCAAACUCCAGAGCCAAUCACCAAAAGUUCUGGCACUGGAGAAAGAGCUCUACACAAGAAGCCCUCCAACGAAAAUGGAGAUUUUAAGGUUCACAUCGUCACGUGGAACGUCGGCUCAGCGAUGCCACCUGAUGACAUCAGUGGGCUGUUCAGCCCGGGAGUCAGUGAUGGGAGCACGGACAUGUUUAUCGUUGGGCUGCAGGAGGUGAACUGUAUGAUCAGUAAGAGGCUGAAGGAUGCACUUUUCGUAGACCAGUGGAGUGAGCUGUGUAUGGACACACUCGGCCGCUUCGGUUACGUACUGGUGGCAUCUCAGAGGAUGCAGGGCGUUUUGCUGAUGGUUUUCUCCAAGUUUCGCCACUUGCCAUUCCUGCGUGGGAUUCAGACCCAAAGUACACGAACCGGCCUCGGCGGCUGCUGGGGAAAUAAGGGUGGAGUGAGUGUGAGAAUGAUGAUGUUCGGUCACCCUGUAUGCUUUCUAAACUGCCACCUGCCGGCUCACAUGCGGAACCUGGAGCAGCGCAUCGAGGACUUUGAGAGCAUCCUGCAGCAGCAGCAGUUCGAAGGCGGCGCUGCAGUGGGUGUGCUGGACCACGAGGUCGUGUUCUGGUUCGGUGACCUGAACUUUCGCAUCGAUGACUAUGAUAUCCACGUGGUGAAAAGUGCAAUAGAGAACAAUAAACUGUCUGUGCUCUGGGAGAAAGAUCAGCUCAAUAUAGCGAAGAGGAGCGAGUCUGUGAUGGACGAGUUUGUAGAAGGCCCUCUGAAUUUCCCACCGACCUACAAGUUUGACGUGGGAACACACAUAUACGACACAAGUGCUAAGAAGAGGAAACCUGCUUGGACAGACCGAAUCUUGUGGCGUCUCCGAAGGACGGGUUCCCCUGUGCCGUCCCAUAAUGCGUCUCUGCAGCGGGGUCUGACCUCAUGGCUUGGUGGGGCCACCCGGGUCACGCAGUGCUUUUACCGCAGUCACAUGGGCUACACUGUUAGCGACCACAAACCUGUCUCUGCCCUUUUCUCUCUGCAUUUUCCCUUUAAGCUGGAUUUGCCAUUAGUCGAGCUGGAGGUGGAAAAGGAGUGGACCAAAGUAUCAGAUGCAACAACCAAGUUUAGUCCAGCACCAGGAUUCCAGAGAAGCUCCUGGGACUGGGUGGGAUUGUACAAAGUGGGGUUCAAACACCAUAAGGACUAUGCAGCCUAUGUUUGGGCCAAAUCAGACCAUUCCACUCAGGUGACUUUUCCAGAAGAGGAUUUACCGAGAGACGCAGGAGAAUACGUGUUGGGUUAUUAUAGCCACAACAUGAACAGCAUUGUGGGAAUUACAGAGCCCUUCCAGGUUCAGUUACCUGUCUGUUCCCCUCCUGCUCCACCAUGUCCACCCCACUCGGACAGUUCGGACACGAGCUCAGAGGACGACAGCACUCUGGUUCUCCUGGCUUCCAGCUCACGCAGUCCGAGUCCCAGGACAAACUCCAGUAAACGCCAACAGCGACAUCAUCGCAGUCGCAGCCCGGCCGUUCCCGCUCUGCAGUCCCUCAGUCUGAAACCCAAAGACUCACCCGUUUCACCCCGCCAGGCCGCAAACACUAAGAAAGAGCGUCUGUUUUCCCCUGAGUCUCCCUCACCCUCUCUUAGUCCCCUGAGCCCUGCCAAUGGCAUCAGCGUCCCUGAAGCACUCGUUGCCGCCAUCCUGGGGGAACACAGACCACCUCAGGGCCAGAUUCCAGCCAAGAGCGGCGACUCGAACCGAUGA